AUGAAAUAUAGAGAUCUUCUCUACCAAUCUGUUUUCUUCAUUCACCAUUUUUACACCAACAACAAUUUUACUGGAGAAAUUUCACCAUUGCUUUGCAAUAUGAGUUCUCUUAUGUACCUUGACUUGUCGAAAAAUAAAUUGAGUGGCAUGCUUCCCCAGUGUCUCGGAAAUUUCAGUGAUGGUCUAAUCCUUUUACUUCUUGGAAGCAACUCUUUUCAUGGCAUGAUGCCUCAAUCAUACAACAAUGGAAGCCGUUUGAGGAUGAUUGAUGUUAGUCAUAACCAAUUGCAGGGGCAAUUACCGAGGUCAUUGGCGAAUUGUGUGAUGCUUGAGUAUCUGGUUCUGUCAAAUAAUCAAUUCAGUGAUGUUUUUCCCAUUUGGUUGGAGACUCUCCCAGAGUUAAAACUUUUGGCGAUGCGCCAUAAUCGCUUCAAAGGUGUAAUUGGACAGUCUAGAACAAGGGUUGACUUCCCAAAGUUACGCAUUCUUGAUUUGUCUUACAACAAUUUCACAGGUGAGAUUCCACCUUUGUUUCCAGAUAUUAUUGUAAACAAGUCAACAUAUAUGUCCAUAGACGUAGUCUAUCAAGUCGAUGGUUUUUAUAUUGUUCAGAGUGUUGCUUACUCAAUCACAUUAGCAAUUAAAGGUUUGGAUCAAAACUAUUCAAGGAUUCUAGAAGGGUUUGCAGCCAUUGAUAUCUCAAGCAACAAAUUUGAAGGUAAGAUUCCAGAAUUCAUUGGGAACCUUAAGGAGCUUCGCUCACUCAAUAUUUCCAGCAACAUUAUCACUGGUUCAAUUCCAUCAUCCUUGGGGAACUUAACGAAACUUGAAUCGUUGGACCUUUCACAAAACAAGCUCUCAGGACUGAUCCCCCAACAGCUGACUAAGCUUACAUUCCUUGGGAGCUUUGAUGUGUCUCACAACUAUCUCACAGGUCAUAUACCGCAAGGUACCCAACUUCUUUCAUUCAACAGCACUUCUUAUGAGGGAAACGCAGGAUUGUGUGGAGAUCCAUUACCAACGAAAUGUGGAGAUCAAUUGGGCCCUCAACCGCCACCUUCAACUGAAGAAGACGGUGAUUCAGGCUCAGCUCAAACACUUGAAUUUGAUUUGAAAUUUUGUUUGGCUGGAAUUGGAAGUGGGUUUGUAGUGGGAGUGGUUCUCGCGGAUGUCGCCAUCACAAGAAGGCAGGAGUUGUUUCUUAAGAUUGUUGGAAUGGUAAGGCUAAUGAUACGGAAAGUGUAG